CUGUCCCAGAGGGGCUCUGCCAGCAGCUCCCCGUCCCCAGGAGCUGGCUGAGGGCUCCUGACCCCACCCUGGCAGCGCCAACAGCUGGGGUGACACCGACCUCACCGCGACAGCUCCCAAAACCCCCGAGAGCAUCAGCACCCUGACGAAGAGCUGUGAAGGAGAGCGGGGGCCGCAGGCAGGAGCCGGGGCAGGCACAGCCCGCAGCGGGGCCCCGCCGUGCCCGUCCCGCUCCCAGGGCGCAGCCGCUCCCCGCGGUUGCGCUUUUGCUUUGAGCGGCGAGGGAGGGACCCGCCGUGGGGACCUCUGCAGCCCCGCGGGGACACACCGGGACAGCCUGCGGGCCGGCAAAGGUUGUGGAGGAGAAGAAGGAAAAACACAAGAGAGGUGCCAGGCACGGCCCAGCCCAGCUCCCCCAGGAGGCUGCAGGGCCACGUCAGCUGCUGAACACCUGUGCUGAGAGAAGAGGCUGAAAUGCCACCCAAAAGGUGACAGACGCACAGCUCCGGUGAGGAAUUGUCCCCUGGGCACACAGCGAUGCUUUUCCUGGCGCGGAUCCCUCCUGCCCACCCUGCAGGUGACCCCAGCGAGCUCUGAUCCAUGAGCAGGGCACGAGGGCAGGACUGCAAUCAACUCCCCCCGUGCCAAAACUGCCCGUGAUGAGCCGGUGACCGGAGCCUCCCCCACCAGUUCCAGGGCUGGACUGUUCCCUUGGGAUCCUGAGCCCCCCUGGCUGCAGGACAGGCGGGAUGGACGUGUUAUGAUGCCGGGGCUGAGCACGGAGCCGGAGCACAACCAUGAGCAACAGCUCCAACUGCAGCGAGACAGACCUCAAGCCCUACUACGCCGUCACCUACACAGUGAUCCUGAUCCCCGGGCUCAUCGGGAACACCCUGGCCUUGUGGGUCUUCUAUGGCUACAUGAAAGAGACUAAAAGGGCCGUGAUAUUUAUGAUCAAUUUAGCCAUUGCUGACUUAUCACAGGUGCUGUCCUUGCCCCUGAGGAUUUUUUACUACCUGACGGGCACGUGGGAGUUUGGAGGAGGUCUCUGCAUGCUCUGCUUCUACCUGAAGUAUGUCAAUAUGUACGCCAGCAUCUACUUCUUGGUGUGCAUCAGCGUGAGGAGGUACCUGUUCCUCAUGCACCCCUUCAAAUUCAGUGACUGCAGGCGUGUCUGUGAUGUCUACAUCAGCAUUGUGGGCUGGGUCGUGGUCUGUGUGGGCUGCCUGCCUUUCCCCCUCCUCAGGAUGCAGCACCAGGAGGAUAAAAACGCCUGUUUUGUGGAUCUUCCCAUCAAGAAACUCGACCUCCCCACCUCCAUCAUGCUGAUGACCAUAGGGGAGUUGGUGGGGUUUGUGACCCCCCUGCUCAUCAUCCUGUACUGCUCCUGGAAGACAAUCUUAUCACUAAAAGAGAGGCACUCUGCUUCCCGGGACCUGGGUGAGAAGAAGAAGGCUUUAAAGAUGAUCCUCACCUGCGCCCUGGUGUUCCUGAUUUGCUUUGCACCUUACCACAUCAGCUUCCCACUGGAUUUCUUUGUGAAAACGGGGCAGAUCUGGGAGGGCUGUGUGCAGAUCUCGGUGUUCCACGCCGUGGCUUUGUGCCUCGCCAGCCUCAACUCCUGCGUGGAUCCCAUCAUCUACUACUUCACCACGGACGAGUUCAGGAGACGCCUCUCCAGGCAGGAUCUGCAGGACAGCAUCCAGCUCCAGCACCUCAGCCACGGCAGAAGGCACUCCAGGGAUGUGCUUGGGGAGGACACCACGGAGUACUGAUUCCCAAACAGCUGCCAGCACUUCCAAUAUUCGUUACAUUUUGACCUUUGCCACAAUUUUUUCCCUCAGGACACUGAGAACAACAACUCAAACUUCUGCUUUCGGUGAGGGUUGGAAUAAACAAACGGCCCCCUCCUCAAAAAUACCCAAACCUGACCAAAAAUGUGUUGAUUUAAUACUUCAGGUGCAAAUUUUCACUGAAUAGAAACAGGAGCAUUUCCAUUCCUCAGCUGGGCAGCAGUAGGUCACACACCCAUGGGAGAGGUGGCCCAUGCCCCUCUGUCACCCAUGGCAUCACCCAGCCAUGUCCUGGUCAGCAAGAAACAGCAAAGAUUCUGGGGUCUUGCUGUGCAGAAAGAAUUUGAUCCUAAAAAUCACUGGAUGUCACAAUAUUCUCUGUUUCUGAAGCACAAGACAAUUCAGCAGAGACUGAUUCUCCAGAGAGUGCCCAGAGCCUGCUCCAGCCAUGCUGAGCAUGGAGCGAGGAGCAGAAGGUGGCCCCAAAGGACUUCCCAUUUAAAUAAUUAAUGAAGCCUCAUUUGGGGGCGCAGCAAAUGCCAUCACCCCAAAUCACAGAGCCAGGGAAGCUUUCACACACUAUUUUUCUGCCAUCAGUUCCCACCAAGGGUUAGAGCCAUGCCUUGGGUUUUGAACCACGGCGUUGUGCUUGGAGGGUAUUUAUUCAAGGCAGGUGUCCCUCAAGCUUUUCAGGUCCUCUUUGUACCAAAAAUGGGGCAAAUUAUUUCCCUUUCACUGAUAACUGACCCACAGCCAUCACAUCCACUCCCCAUUAACAGCAGCAGGAUCCCAACAGAGGAUCCAAACCUUCCCAAAGUUUGCUGUAAUGGGAACUCCCUGGAAGCAAAGUCAAAGGUGCCAUGGGAGAUUUUUAAGAAACGCUCAGAGGUGGAUGUUGUUUUAAUAUUUGCUUUAAAUUCAAACCAAAGAGACUUCAGGCUUGACUUUGGUAUUUCAUUUGCACCUUCCUAUAAAAUGUUAUUUUUCUGUGAACAUUGCAAAUGUUACAUUUGGAAGCGUAAAAUACUGUGACAGUAUCAUUUUUUAUUUAUGCAAAUGUUGUUUUAUAAUUUAUAUAAGGGAAAUACACAUUGUAGGAAAAUUAUGUGAAGCCCAGAGAGUGUCAGAACACAAGAAGUUUGUUUUCUUUUCAAAAACUUUUUCAUAUAAUAAAAGAAAACUCCAGCACCUCUUCCCUACAGGAAUCUGAGCCAGUGCCUGAUGGCUGAGCAAGCCCUGAUAAUUCAUGGAAACCACAUUCACAGUGACAAAAAAAUAUUUAUUUUUAUAUUUCCUAUUGUAUAUAAUAAAAUAAUCGUUUCUAAAAA